AUGGAUCUCCCAAAUUUAACUGGAAAAAAUGUUGGGCUGCUGAAAAGAAUCCAGGAUAAAGUGAAAGAGGAAAACCCUGUCCAGGAUCUUAUUUUCCUUCACUGCAUCAUCCAUCAGGAAUCCCUGUGUAAGUCUGUAUUGCAGCUUAAUCAUGUCGUGAAUCCAGUCGUAAAACUUGUGAACUUUAUACGAGCAAGGGGACUUCAGCACCGUCAGUUUAUUACGUUCCUGGAGGAAACUGAUGCGGAUCAUCAGGACUUGCUGUACCACUCUCGUGUCCGCUGGUUAAGUUUGGGGAAAGUGUUACAACGAGUGUGGGAGCUGAAAGAAGAUAUCAUCGCAUUUUUGGAGUUGAUGGGGAAAUCUGACGAAUUCCCUGAGCUAAGCGACAAGAACUGGCUUAGUGACUUUGCGUUUGCUGUGGACAUAUUUUCACACAUGAAUGAGCUGAAUGUGAAACUGCAGGGGAAAGAUCAGUUUGUUCACGACAUGUGCAAACAUGUGAAAGCCUUCAAAUCCAAGCUCACUUUGUUCUCCGGACAAAUUGCGAACAAAUCUUUCGCUCAUUUCCCCACACUUGCCAUGCAGGAAGAGGCACCGCGAAACGCAAAAAAUACAGCAAAUCACUUGAGGACCUGCACGGAGGAUUCUGCCAUAGGUUCUCUGAUUUCGAAAACAUUGAACAGUCACUUCAGCUGGUGUCCUGCCCCCUGUCACAAGACCCUGAAACAGCACCACAGGAGCUACAGUUGGAACUGA